AUGGAGGGACCAAACAGCCAAGGCCGCCAGAGUCAAUCAAAUGCAUCCCUAGACUCAGCAACAUCAGUGCGGUCCAAGAAACAGUACAUGGACUCCCUCGUGGCGCCCACGAGCGAGGAGAUGUCGCGCAUAGCACAGGUGCAGCUUACUCGAGAGCAGCAAGAGAAGCGCAAGUCGCGCGAGAAAGAAAAGGAACAGCGCAGGUCCAUGGAGGCGCCACAGGCCAGCCCGAGCUUGGACCUUAAAACCAGGCCCCAUCGCAGUAGUAUCUUCGGCCGCCGCAAGGAGGAUUCUCCAUCUCGCAACACCAGCGUCCUCGCCGCUGCUGUCGCAAGCGCCACGGCCGCGGGAACAGGGCACGACGGCGAUGACAUCUUACGCCAUCGGGCAGCCACGAUGAUACAGCGCACGUACCGGGGAUACAAAACCCGGAGAGAGAUGAGGGGCUUGGGCUUAAACGCUGACACGAGAUGGACUCACGCGAUAAAAGAAUUGCAGUUCAGGACAGUCACUACCCCAAGGGCAAGACAGGACACUGUCACAUCAAUGCCUGAGGAUGCCGAGGCCGAAGGCAGAGAGGAUGGAAACACAGAUGCUGCGAAAAGGUCGAAAUCAGCUCGAUACAACUGGCACAAGAUUGCGACAAUCGCAAGGAGAGCAGGCGGCGACUUGGAAGACGACCACAGUAGCUCGAGCGAUUCGGACUCGGACUCGGAUUCGGGGCCGUCAACCUCAGAGAGAAAGAGGGAGACCCGUCAGAAGAGGGAGGAGGCCAAGGCCAGAAGACGCAAUGAUGCGACGAUGAUGAUGGGGCUCCAGUACUUUCUCGAGAUGGUCGACCUCAAACACCGCUAUGGGUCCAACCUGAGGCAGUACCAUGAAGAAUGGAAAAAGGCAGACACUCAUGAGAACUUCUUCUACUGGCUGGAUCAUGGCGAUGGGCGUCACGUUGAACUAAGCACGUGCCCGCGCGAUAGGCUGGAGAGGGAACAGGUGCGCUAUCUUUCGCAGGAAGAACGCCAGUACUACCUCGUAAAGGUCGACUCAGACGGCCGGCUGUGUUGGGCAAAGAACGGGGCCAGGAUCGAUACCACGGAGGACUGGAGGGAUAGCAUUCAAGGCAUUGUCCCGAUCGACGAUACGGAGACGCCUGCGUUUCAACCGAAAACCACCUACCCAAACCAGCCAAAGCUAUUUCCUAGCGACCCCAGCUCCAGAGCGAGCAGCAUUAGCACCGCUUCUGAAUCCGAGCGCGAGGCUGCCCGCGCUGCAAAAUAUGCAUCGCCGGGCGUGACUGACGCGAAGGGGGUCAAGAAGGUAACACACAUUUCCGCCUCCACGAUCUUCAACACCCUCCUGCGAAAGUCGGUUCGCAAAAACACAUGGAUUUUUGUCGCCGACACGAGCUUCCGAUUGUAUGUGGGCAUCAAGGACAGCGGGGCAUUCCAGCACUCGUCAUUCGUCCAGGGGUCUCGGAUCUCCGCCGCGGGGCUCAUCAAGAUCAAAAAUGGCCGGCUGGCGAGCCUGAGCCCGCUCUCGGGCCAUUACAGGCCACCGGCGUCAAACUUCCGGGCCUUCGUCCGCAACCUUAAGGAUGAAGGUGUGGAUAUGUCACACGUGUCGAUCUCCAAGUCCUACGCUGUCCUAGUCGGGCUCGAGAUGUACGUCAAGACACGGCAAAAGGGCAAGCAGCUCCUGCAGAGGACGGCACACAAGAAGGACAAGGUAAUCCAUCCGGAGGAGGCACAGAAGCGCGAGGAGGAUGCACGCGACAAGUCCCAGAGCGCGGAGACGGAGAGGCGGUUCCUCGAGAAGCAGCAGGAGGACGAGGACAAGCAGCGAGAGGAGAACAGGGCCGCAGCCAAGGUUUUGCAGAAGUUGAAACUCACUCCGACGGCGCCAGAUGGCAAGAAGGGCGAGGCCGGCGAGGAAAGACGGGAGAGGGAGGAAGCGGGAGAAGGCGUCGGUAGCCCUGCGUCGGUGCGUGCAGGGGAGAGCAGGCCGAGUGAUGCGAAAUGA